AUGGCUGCUGAACAACCUACCUUCAAGCUUGUCCUCGUCGGCGAUGGUGGUACCGGCAAAACGACCUUCGUCAAGCGUCAUUUGACUGGCGAAUUCGAAAAGAAAUACGUCGCCACUUUGGGUGUCGAAGUCCAUCCUUUGACCUUCCACACUAACUUUGGUCCCAUCGUCUUCAACACUUGGGAUACUGCCGGUCAAGAGAAGUUUGGUGGUCUCCGUGAUGGUUACUACAUCCAGGGCCAGUGCGCCAUCAUCAUGUUUGAUGUCACCUCCAGAAUUACCUACAAGAACGUCCCCAACUGGCACCGUGAUCUUGUCCGUGUCUGCGAGAACAUUCCCAUCGUUCUCUGCGGUAACAAAGUCGACAUUAAGGAGCGUAAGGUUAAGGCCAAGACCAUCACCUUCCACCGAAAGAAGAACUUGCAGUACUACGAUAUCUCUGCCAAGUCCAACUACAACUUUGAGAAGCCAUUCUUGUGGUUGGGUCGCAAGCUGAUUGGCAACCCUCAACUCGAGUUCGUGGCCGCCCCUGCCCUUGCUCCUCCUGAAGUCGAGGUCGACAACAGCUUGAUGGCUCAGUAUCAGAACGAGAUGCAGGAAGCUGCCGCCCAGCCUCUUCCUGAGGAAGACGACGAUUUGUAA